UUGGUUAAAUUGUUUUGUCUUUCAGUGAUGGUUUUAGGAGUCCUACUUGGAAGGAAAAGAUACCCAUUCACCAAGUAUUUGUGUGUGCUGCUCAUAGUUUUGGGAGUAGCAUUAUUUAUGUACAAACCUAAGAAAGGGAUUGGCAGUGCAGAUGACCAUAUCUUUGGAUUUGGGGAAGCACUACUAUUAGUCUCCUUGACCUUGGAUGGAUUAACUGGAGUAGCACAAGAUCACAUGAGAGCUAAUUUCCAGACUGGGUCAAACCAGAUGAUGCUGAAUAUAAAUGUUUGGUCCAGUUUAUUCCUGGGAAUAGGAGUCCUGUGUACUGGAGAAUUAUGGGAAUUUCUAAACUUCACUGAACGCCACCCCAAUAUUCUCUACAAGAUACUUCUGUUUAGUUUAACUAGUGCCCUAGGCCAGAGUUUCAUCUUUAUGACAGUUGUUUACUUUGGACCUUUGACCUGUUCAAUCAUUACUACGACCAGAAAAUUCUUUACUAUCCUUGGUUCGGUACUUAUUUUUGGUAAUCCGAUUAGCUCUUUGCAGUGGGUAGGCACUGUCUUUGUAUUUCUAGGACUUGGUUUAGAUGCCAAAUAUGGAAAGGCAACUAAAAAAAAUCAUCACUAAACACUGAGGCUAUUAUUCAACCAGAAGAUUUUGAUCAUCAAUGAUGUUGAUGUCUGAAUUUCAUUUAUUUUUAAAUUCUCUCCUUAGGCUGUUAUGUCAAUUAACUGUUGGAAUAGUUGACUUUUUUUUUGAAAAGAAUGUUCCUAGAUUUCUGUAUACACGUGAAUACUUUAAGAUUUUACACCAACAGUUUGUGCAAUACUUCAUUUAUAAUCCAGGACAUUUAAAGUAAUGCCUCGUAUCAGACUUCACUGGUAAGUGCUAUCAAUAAGAUCCUAAAUUUAAACAAAGAACUGCAGAUGCUGGAGAUCUGAAACAAAAACAGAAAUUGCUGGAGAAACUCAGCAGGUCUGGCAGCAUUUGUGGGAAGAAAACGUUAAUGUUUCAAGUUCAGUGACCCUUCAGAACUGAGUCACCAGACUCAACAUUAACUCUGCUUUCUUCUCCCAGAUGCUGCUAGAUCUGCUGAGCUUCUCCAGCAAUUUCUGUUCGUGUUACAAUAAAAUUCUAGUACUGAUUUUGGUUCUUGACAUUUGCCAUGGAUUGUUAAAUAAAAAUCCUGAAUUUCUUAAAAGGUAAAAUUAUUCCUAUUAAUUUUCUUGUAUUGUUUGCAUGUGUUUAAUGCUUUUGUUAUCAUUUUGCAGAAUUGAAUUGUAGCAUUUUCUCUCCAAAUUUUUAAUUGUCUUUAAAACUCCAGAAACCCGCUUCCUCAUGUUUUUGCCUAUAGUGUAUGAAAAAGAUCAGUGGUUCGGUACAACUUGGAUACCGAUAUGAUUAUAUAGUCAUAGCUUAAAGUUACAUUAUCUGAUUGCUCGUCUGCAUGACCCUGUUCGGAAAAUCUCAAAGGUGUUUACUUCAAUUCUUCUCAAUUCUUCCUCACAAAAGGAAAAAAAUGUAGAUGCUAGAAAUGUGAAAUAAAAGCUAAAAGCAUUUGGCCAGUCUGGCAACAUGUGGAGAGAGAAACCAGUAAUUUUUGGAGGUCAUUAACUAGACUGGAGUGUUCUACUUUUAAUACUCAAGUUCUUGAAUUGUUUAAAAAAUACAACCAAAAUUUAUUGAGGUAACAAUUAAGAACUAAUUUUUUUUUAAAAAAUCAGUAACUAGAGAUUAUUCUUAACUCCAGCUUUUGCAAUUUGGAGUGAGAAUUGUUAUCAAUUUGUAUUUGCUACUGCCCAGUUACUGUAGUCUGUGUGAAAUUAAGCACAGUUUAUUUGAUGCUAUUUUAAUCAGCCAUGAUCUUAUUGAAUGGUGGAGCUUUGAGGCUAGAGGGGCUGAAUAGCCUACUACUGCUUCUGAUUCAAAUGUUCAUACUUAUAUUUAAAUGUACUGUGUUUUUAAUAGCUACUUUAAAGUGAUGCAGAAAAAGUUAAGAAAUAAACCCACUACAAUCUGAUUUCAUUGCAUUCCAUUUAUGCAACCCAUGUCAGAGAGCCAUCUGUUCUUUGCCCAUUGUCCCACAUGGUUCAGAGAAUGAUUUUUGCAAGUUGUGGAAGUUUUCCAAAAGAAAAUCAUCUAUUUUCAAAAUAAAAGCUUUAAACCAUACCUUUAUUGUAAUAUAUUUUAUACAUUUAUAUUGUCCUUUGAAGUGACUAUGCCUUUCAAAGAAGACAACUAAUUAAUCAAAGAGCUCUGGUUAGAGCAGAGGAGAAUAAGUAUUGAUUUGAUUGAGCUGUUUACAAUUAUGUAUGAUUGGGGCAUUGUAGAAUGAAACAGACAAUUUUCAUUGGCCAUAGAUUCAAAAAAUGAAAAUGUAGAUCAAAGAUUAAACGUGAGACUUUGGAUGAGGUGUAAGAAAAGGCUUUGAGACUGGCUUGUACCACUAGAGUUAGUAGUUGAAACAAAGACCAUGCCAAUGUUUAAGAUGAUUAAAUGGUUAUUGAAAGAAAGGGGAAAAUUGCAAUAUAGAAUAGGCACUAGAGAUUAGGACUAUUAGAACAACUGCUUUUAUGGAGCAGGAACAGCUGCUUUUAUGGAGAAUGAGCAGCAAUGUAGACUAUUUUGACCGAUAUUAGUCUCCAUAUUAUGUGUAAAUAUAGUACAUUCCAGCUACUGUUUUAAAGUGCAGCAAUGAUGAGGCUUUGAGGUGGAAUAUCAUGUAGGUUAAUCGUAUCAGUACUGUAAGGAAAGUUUGAUUUCAUUUUAAUUGCCUUAUUUGUAGGGUUGAGGGCAAAAAAAGCCUUGUGUACAUCUGUAGAUCAUCGGGUUGAUUUCUCCAUUUGGAAGUGGUUGUAAAAUAUGAGAUGGCACAGGUGAUCUUUGCAAUUUAUGGGAAAUUAUUAAAUGCCAUCUGUGAAAAAUUGAUUUUAUAACAUUUUGGAGCAAGAUUCCAUAAGUUUGUGAUAUAAUCAAUGAGUGGCCAUGGCUAAUUAUAAGUAUACUUGUAUUAAACUUUAGAAAUCAAAUUGCCUGAGUUGAAGAUGCAUUUCUAUCCCUCACUCUUCAGUUCCACUUGCUGCAGCCACAAAUAAAUAAAGUAUGCACUGUUCAUGAAAAGCUUCAUAAAAACAGCUGAUCUUGAUCUGGAUUAACAGACAUUUCAUAUUCUCAGGAAUAGCAUCGGUUUUGGCAGAAGAAACAAAUGAGAUCAAGGUGCAGUUUCUGUUCCUAGCAGCAUUAUUUGCUUUACAGCAGUACUUGUCAAGACUUGCAUCAGCAAUUUACAGUUUUCUAGAUCCAUAGAGGAGGUGAAAAGCAAUGGUGAAUGUUUAACCGUUUUGAACCCUGAAAACAAUACUAAAGGACUUUUGUUUUAUGUGUUAAGGUGGUGUGUGGGGCUGGGGAUAAGACUGCAUUGAUCAUUUUUGUUCUCAUGUAUUUAAUCCAGUUAUUGAUUUUUAACAUUUUUUGGGAAUAAAUAAUGUACAAUGUUUAUUAUCAAAAUACAAUAUUAUUUCAUACUUUUGAGUCUCAAAGUUCAACAAAUAAAAACAGUUUUUGAUAA